CCGGUGUGAGCGGCGAAAGCCGGGAGGGCGAGCGAGAGAGCUAGCAGGCAGCGGGCGGGCAGGCGGCAGGCCGGCACGGAGGGAGGGAACGAGCUAGCGGUGAGUAAGCCAGCGAGGGCAGCCGGGUCCCGAGGGCAGCGGAGAUUCCUCAGGUCCCUCCGGUGCCCUCCCCGGAGCUCACAGUACCGCCGGCACCCAGCGGAGCGGACACGGCUCGGCCUGGCCAUGGCCUCGUUGCUGAAGGUGGAUCAGGAAGUGAAGCUCAAGGUUGAUUCUUUCAGAGAGCGGAUCACAAGUGAGGCAGAAGACUUGGUGGCAAAUUUUUUCCCAAAGAAGUUAUUAGAACUUGAUAGUUUUUUGAAGGAACCAAUCCUAAACAUCCAUGACCUAACUCAGAUCCACUCAGACAUGAAUCUCCCAGUCCCUGACCCCAUCCUUCUCACCAAUAGCCACGAUGGACUGGAUGGUCCCACAUACAAGAAGCGCAGGUUGGAUGAAUGUGAAGAGGCCUUCCAAGGAACCAAGGUGUUUGUGAUGCCCAAUGGGAUGCUAAAAAGUAACCAGCAGCUGGUAGACAUUAUUGAGAAGGUGAAACCUGAGAUCCGGCUGCUGAUCGAGAAAUGUAACACGGUCAAAAUGUGGGUACAGCUCUUAAUUCCCAGAAUAGAAGAUGGGAACAACUUUGGGGUCUCUAUUCAGGAGGAAACAGUUGCAGAACUAAGAACCGUUGAGAGUGAAGCUGCAUCUUAUCUGGACCAGAUUUCUAGAUAUUAUAUUACAAGAGCCAAAUUGGUUUCUAAAAUAGCUAAAUAUCCCCAUGUGGAGGACUAUCGCCGUACCGUAACAGAGAUUGAUGAAAAAGAAUAUAUCAGCCUCCGGCUCAUAAUAUCAGAACUGAGGAAUCAAUAUGUAACUCUACAUGAUAUGAUCCUGAAAAAUAUCGAGAAGAUCAAACGGCCCCGGAGCAGCAAUGCAGAGACAUUGUACUGAGGGCCAGGGCCAGGGCCAGGGGACUCUGUGAGUCUGGCUCAAGACCGAUACUGCCUUGGUUUGUUACAUGACGAUCGCGAUGGGGAAACUGGCUGGAAAUAGUAAUCACACCUCUCUGUUUUUAGUUAGUCUAAUGAAACUCAUCUAGUUCUGUGACGUGUUUACCUCUUUUUUCAGGCCUCAGGAACUCUUCUGUCUCCUUCCCUAAUACCCCACACCCAGCCUGUCCUAAUUUCUGGAGAACUCCAGGUUUGUGCAAGAUGCUGGCACAAGAAAACUUGUGUGGUUCUCGUUCUCCCCUUCUCUCCCUCCUUCCUGUCUUCUAAGUUUUGUGUUUUCUUCCUUUUGAUUAGUUGGUUAAAAGCUGAAGGAACUGUAUGGAAAGUGUUAAGGGUUUUCUAGGACCUGGGGUAGCAGAGGUAGAAGAAACAUCUCUCUUCCUGUCAUAAGGCUAGUGUCUCUUGCUUCUCUGGGACAUUGGGUCCUUCCUGCCACAGUUGCCCUGGUGAUCACUUAGGGCUUUCCAUUUCCAUACAUCCCACUUUGAAUCUGAGCAUGACAAGGGACACGUUAAACCUUCAGCUGAGUCCCUAGAGCGCCUUUGGAAGUUUUUGUAACAGGGUUUUCACAUGCACAUGUGUACACAUACAGGGACAUGCAUGCAUGCCUCCUACCCAUUAUACAACAUAGCCCUCCUUCCUGCACCCCAACCCCCUCAGCCCCUGUCAUAUACACACACCUUUCAGCAGGUGAUAGUUAUCUUAGCCAUCCACCCAGGCAGAAGUCCCAGGCCCAUCCUCUCCCGAUAAUGUAGCUGCUUGGUGCCCAGGGUAAGUUGAAGGAGAACCAAGAGCCGAGAAGCAGAGAGCUGAUGAAGGCCCCUUCUUCUGUGACUCAGGUUCUUUUUGGUGUUAUGCAAAGGCUUGUCCUCCGACUCUUGCUUGCCUUCUCCCAGGGCAGUCGUACAUUGAGACAGGGUGUGAGGUCCGAAUGAUGCUGCUCCUUUUCCUCUGGGAAACAUUUCUCUUUAUUUAUAGUAUUGUGCUUCCAGGGAAAGCAGUAAUUUUGUGUAUAUGUGUGUGUGCACAUACACGUGCACAUUUGUGUGUGUGUGUGUGUGUGUGUGUGUGUAUAAAUAUGCUGCGCAAAUGAAACCCAUAGAAGAGUUGCCUCCUCUCUCAAAUCUUCCAGAGAUGUCACUUGUUCCAGCCUUUCUGUUAACCCUGUGAGCCCCCCGCUUUUCUUAUUCUCUAAUGAGAGUUGACUCCUGCAGCCACCCUGCCAGUGACUCAGCAUCUGUCUGACUUUUCUUCUCUGUCUGUCUUCCAACUCCGUCGUUAUUUCCACCCGGGAUGCGUCCCUUUCACUCCCAGUGUUCUGUAGAAGAGGAGUCGGAUGCUCUCUUCCAUGAAUAGUGCUCAGUAACAAACCAAUUGCAUUUUAGUUGGGCAGUACUCCUAUCCACCCCUCAGAUCCCUUCCAGCUAAACCCCUUCCUUCCUCCAACCAUGUGUUUCUCAGUUUCCCUUUUUGUUUGAUUGUUCCACUGCCCUUCCUCACCCUACCGCCCUUGGAUUGUAAUGUAAGAUUCUUUUACCAUGUCAAGAAAUUAUUAAAAAUACAGGUACUUUGACCUCUUUCUAAAGCUGCA